AUGUCGAUGGAAGAGAGCAUCAGCUUGGAGGAGACCAACAAGAUCCGUAUAUCCUUAGGUCUCAAGCCGCUGACAGACGAUAGUGGCCCUGCGGACGACAACGAAAAGCAAGCUCAGGACAACUACGCGAAGCAGCGAGAAAGAGAGACCAAGGAGCGAGAAGCAAAGCGAAUUCAGGACAAUAUCGCAAAGGUGAGAAACCGGAGAGAGCUCAAUGCGAAGCUGAAAGGUUCGACGCUGGGUGAUGCGGACGGCGACGUAGACGACACCUUGAGAUGGAUCAAGAAAAGCAAGAAGAGGGAGAAAGAGUUGGUGAGGAAACGGCAGGAAGAGCUUGAACACAUGGAUAAGGUCUUCCAGGACGAGUACACUGAAAAGGACCUCGCCGGAUUGAAAGUUAGCCAUGACUUCGAGGAGAUGGACGAAGGCGAGGCUCGUAUUCUCACGCUGAAGGACAGUCGCAUACUCGACAACGAAGAGGACGAGCUACAGAAUGUAGAGCUAGCGGAGAAUGAAAAGACCAAGAAGAACAACGAAAUGAAGAUCAAGCGACGGGAUUAUACGGGCUACGAUGACGACGAAUUCACGCCUGGACAAGCUGGCAUGAAGCGAUCUCUUCUUUCCAAGUAUGACGAGUUUCUCGAAGGCCCGAAGGAGACGGACUUCCGCCUAGGCAGUUCUACAGCAUCAAUGUCUCAACUCAAAGAAGCCAAGAAAGAGGGAGGUAUUACUUCUGUCAACAAAUCUUUGCUGUCCAUAGAUUACGCCAAAAAUAAUGAAUUGACUGAUUAUAUGAAGGAAGGCGAUGUCGGGUUCAAGAAGCUUAAGACCAAGAAGAAACGGACGUCGCGUAGAGUGGCAGAUGAAUAUGACAUCCCUUCAACAAACGGCGAUGACCAGAUGCAGGUAGACGAGAAGCCGAUUGCCCCACGACCACGUAAUCUGGAUACCAAUUUCGUAGAUGACGAUGAGCUGCAAGCGGCCCUUGCUCGCUCGAGGCGUGCAAAGCUACAGAAGACCAAGAAAUUGUCGCCGGAGGAGAUCGCGAGGAAAAUCGCUGAGGAGCGUACGAAAACGGAGGCAACUCAUGGCGACGGCAUCAUCAACGUGGACGAUGAUGGCGACGCGGAUGGCGAGGGCGGUCUGACCUUCGAUGACACCUCAGAAUUUGUGCGUGCCAUCACAUACGAGCCGGUCACAGUCAAGAAGGAACCACCUCCAGAGAGCGAAAUCACGAGCGCUCCAUCUAUUCCUCAUGUACCAUCUACCGGCCGUUCUCCAUCUGCCGACGCAAAGAUGGAAGAUGGCGACCAAGUCAUGGAGGAACUCGAGGCUGGUGAGGUCAUUGUGAAGGAAGAGGAAGAUGACGAGGAGAUGCUCAAUGCUAUCGAGAAUGCCAUCAGGCAGACGGAAGCCGAGGAGCAGGCUAUAGCUGAAAAUCUAGAGGUGCCUAUGGGCACAUCCUCCGAGCAGAACUACAGUUCCGGUCUUGCGUCUACGCUCAACAUCCUCCGAAGUCAGGGAAUUCUUGCUACCCCUAAUGCCGAUCAAAUGGAACGAGAACGGGUACAGCUACAGCGCGAUCUCUGGCUUGCUGACUACCGCAGACUAAUCGCUCAGCGUGAGCUCGAGCGGACCAAGAUGCGUGGGGGGAACAGGGACCAGGCGACGCGUGAGUAUGAAAAUCGGCUGCGCGAGCAGCAGGAGGCUCGUCAGAAUCUAGACGCGUACAAGAACUACAAGCCGGAUGUCAACAUCGUGUAUUAUGAUGAGUUUGGCCGGGAGCUCACGCCCAAGGAAGCUUGGAAGGCGCUAUCCCACAAGUUCCACGGGAAGGGCUCUGGUCGUAUGAAGACGGAGAAGCGUUUGAAGAAGAUCGCCGAGGAAAAGAAGAAAGAGGCAAUGGCAAGUGGAGACACGCCACUCAGCAUGAACCAGGCGUUCCAGCUCCGACAAGAGAAGGCUGGUCAAGCGCACUUCGUUCUGUCCGUCGGUAAUCGAGGAGCGGUGCCACAGGCUGCCGAGUUUCUCGACGCUCAGCCCCUGUCCAAAGGCAAGACGGAAAAGAAGAACAAGAAGAAGAACGCGGGCAAAGUAUCGACGCCACAACUUGAUGCUGGUGGUUUCAUGAUAGUACCCGCACCAUUAGCAAGCGGCAGCCCAUUGCCGAUAGACUCACCGGCGCUUGCUUCAGCUUCCACGAGCAAGGACUCCCCUGCUCCUCGACCGGGCUUCUCGCGGAUCUCAUCCGUCGCCGAGCCUGUCGAUUCAUCGAAGGGGGGUACGCCUGUGCCCAGUGACCGGACCAAGCUGGUUAUCGGACUCGGGACGAAGAGAAAGGCGAAUGGUGAAGCGCAGGGCUCGCCGCCCCCGAAGAGGAGAUGA